CGACGUGAAUCCACCAGCAGCAGCUUGCUCGGCAGCCGGGGAUCCAGAAAGGCUCACACCCUCAGCGACAACCCGGGAACGGCACGCACCCUACGUGAUACCCAAUUGCCAUAAUAUCUAAUCCGCCAGUUGAUUACUUGGUUUUCAUUCCCCCAAAACAGCCAUGGCUUCCGUGUUCUCGUCGACCCUGUCGUCGCCAUUGCGCAGAACAUCCUCCAUAUCCUCGCUACAUGCUCGAUCUGGGUCACUUCUCUCCUCUUGUCAGUGUUCUAGAGCGCAAUUCUCACAGUUUCACACCCACUCAUCGUCAAUCCGGUCUUCAGCACGAGCACGAUCAUCCUCUCUCCUCUCCUUUCAAACUCAUCAAUCUCGCUCCAUAACGACGCGCAUCCCGAAACCCUUCUCAAAAUCAAAAUCCACACUUCAAGGUAGCACCAAAUCAGAACGCUUACCCACCGAAGCAGCCGCGCCACGACCUGUCCUCCCCCUCACAAAUCUCCCCUAUUUCAUCCGUCGUACCCCUUCGAACCAACUACCCAUAUAUCUCGUUACGAAGGCCGGAGGAACAAGGCAAGAGACCAAGCUGCAAAAGACUGAAGGCGACGUUGAUGCUCUACGGGAAGAUUUGAUAAAAGCUUUGGGAAUGGAGAAGAACCCGUCGGAUGUAACCAUCAAUCGGCUGAAUGGGCACGUAAUUGUAAAGGGCUGGCGAAAACCAGAAAUACAGCAAUUUCUCCUAGACCGCAAAUUUUAAGAGAAAACAUAGAGCCCCUACCUAUCCAGGUCGCUCGAGAGGAAAGAAAAAUGAUGCUCCUUGCUUUCAUCUCAAGGAAUAAACCCCGUUACACAAAAAAAAGUUACAUUUUCCACUUUUUGAACGCUAAGAGGGAAACCUGUGUUUUCUAAUUUGGACCUUUCGAAUCUCAUUUGGCAAGGCGUUGCUGCAUUUCUGUGGGUUACUCAAUUUCCCGCCUGUUGUUUUUCCCUUUUCUUUCCCUUCCUCUAUGUUUCCUAUCUCGUCUUGUCUGGAAUGGGGGUUUUGACCUUUUGUAUUCUUGCGUGGUUUGUUUUCCAUCGACUCUCCACAUUUUGUAUAUGUAUGUAUCUACUCUGGGUCAGGUAGGAAUGUGUAUUACGAAAGACGUCAGUG